AGUCUUGGAAUUUUUCAACUGGUUUAAGAACUUUGAUCAGAAGCGUAUUCUGCGUAAUAUUCUGAAAACCUUUCUAGCCCCUCCCCCCCAAUAGACACCUUGCUCUUAGGAGACGCCCAGUCCUCUCUGCAGGUGAGUAAACAAGUCGUUUCGAUGAAUCAAAGUUGAAAGAAAGCUUUCAUGAAGGAUGCACAUCCUGGACCGCUAGUCUCUGCGCUGCGCCACGGCUGCUCUUGUUUACGUUGGUCUUACUUUCAGCUUCCGCUUCCCCCUCCUUAAAGCAACAGCGCCCAUGACGACAGCCGAUGCCGUGAUGAUGAUGAUGUUACAGUCUGAACUCGAACAUCCGUGAGUAUCCCUGAAUUGCACUGCGUGUCAAAGGAAAUGGAACGUUUACGUUCUAGCCGGCACAUGAUUGUCAUUUGUGUGCUCGUUCUACAAGUUCAAUGGGAAUGGUAAACUUUCGAGGCCUUCCAGAAACAAAGAACUUUCAGCAAAUCAACAUUUACUUUCUCAUGUUUACGUUCUCUACGCAGCAGUACGGCACUGCAGGAGACCCUUGCACGCAGUCCCUCCCGGCAGUGUCCUGCUUGGCUUCGCUCUUUGCUUCCUCCUCACCCGUCGGCUCUCACGGCUCCGACGUGGUUCUUUAGUUGAACGUGAAGGUCACACCUUCAGUCAGCCGUCAAGGAUCCUGGACGUGGAACUUAUUCCGGAUCAAAAAUGAGACAAUUGCUGAAUUGGAUCAAACACAAACGUAACCGCCUUAUUAAGAAAUAUUUGACUUGAUGAAUAAUAAGUCACACACACACCCAGGGUAGCUCCUCCCCCCGGCCUUAUAAAGGCGGUUCUGGUCCAGGUGAAACUUCUCACUCUAGUUAGCAUUCGGCGGCACCAAAAUGGAGCCCAGGGUCAUCUUUUGGACCUGGACCUGGACUUGUUUGCUGGUCUUCCUGAUGCCAGUGAUCAGCUACCAGGAUCAUGCAGGUGUGUGUGUUGCUGUUUUAAACUAUUUGGUCAUCUUUGUGCUGAUUGGUUCUUGUCCCGUCUCCAGUGAUCUUUGACCCUCCAGUCAUGUACUCAGGUAAGGACACCCAACAUUCCCAGGCUUCCCUCGCUGCCGGCUGAAUGCUUAACCGUGUUUCCACCGCAGCCAAGGCGUCCCACGUGGGACGAGUGUGCUCCACCUGGGGUCACGCUCACUGGAAGGCGCUGGACGGCGCCUUCUUCCAGCUGGCUUCCUCGUGCAACCACCUGCUGGCUGCCGACUGUCGCAACACCUACGAGAACUUCAACAUCCAGAUGAGGCGCAAGAUGGCAGAGGAGGGCGGUGGCAUCGACGUCGUGCUGAUGAGGCUGGAUGCCAACAUGGUGGAGCUCAGUUCCCACGGCGUGCGGGUGAAUGGGCAAAGGUGAGCGUGUGCGGCGAGGAGACCAAAAAGACGGGAUGUUGUCAAAAACUGGCUGACGGCACGCGACGUCUUAUGAACGUCCAAUGAGGUUCAUUUGGUCCAACGUUCGUACUUUCUAAACAGACCAGAGUUUUUCUUACCUGACAGUCUGUAAAAAACUGUUUUGAAUGAAUGUAUUAUGAACGUGCUCUUUUCAAAACUGUUUGUCUCACUGCUGCAUAAUCAAA